UUUGCCUCAGCCUUUCAUCACAAAAUGUCUAUGCACAUCUUCGGGGACGAGGCCACAGAGGAGAAAGCGGAGAAUGCGCGUCUGUCGUCUUUCGUCGGGGCUCUCGCCCUAGGAGAUCUUGUUAAGUCUACGCUGGGACCGAAGGGCAUGAACAAAAUCCUCCAGUCAGGAUCGACGGGCGAUAUCAACGUAACGAACGACGGGGCGACUAUACUGAAGGGGAUACAACUCGACAACGCGGCCGCAAAAAUCUUGGUGAAUAUUUCGAAGGUGCAAGAUGAUGAGGUCGGCGACGGCACGACGAGCGUCUGUGUGCUCGCGGCGGAGCUGUUGCGGGAGGCAGAAAAGUUGAUCGCGCAGAAGAUACAUCCUCAGACGAUUGUGGAGGGCUAUCGGAUAGCAAGCGCUGCUGCGCUCGGCGCACUUGAGAAAGCUGCGGUAGACAACAGCUCAGAUCCAGCUCAAUUCAGAGCGGAUCUGGUCAACAUCGCGAAAACGACCUUGUCGUCCAAGGUUCUCUCACAGGACAAGGACUACUUCGCGAACCUGGCCGUCGAUGCGGUGUUGAGGCUGAAGGGAUCCACGGAUCUUGAACAUAUCCAAAUCAUCAAGAAAGCCGGCGGAAAGCUUACGGAUUCGUACUUGGACGAAGGUUUUAUCUUGGACAAGACGAUUGGAGUCAACUGCCCGAAGCGGCUGGAAAACGCGAAAAUUCUGAUUGCCAACACGGCAAUGGACACGGACAAGAUCAAAAUAUUCGGCGCGCGCGUCAAGGUCGAUGGAACUGGAAAGCUAGCCGAGCUGGAGCGAGCCGAGAAGGAGAAGAUGAAGGCCAAGGUGGAGGCUAUCGCCGCUCACGGGAUCAACGUCUUCGUGAACAGGCAGCUGAUCUACAACUACCCGGAGUCCCUGUUGGCGGAGAAGGGCAUCCUGACGAUAGAGCACGCCGAUUUUGAGGGCGUCGAGCGAUUAUCGCUGGUUACCGGUGGUGAGAUUGCGAGCACGUUUGAUCGGCCCGAUCUCGUCAAGCUCGGACACUGCGAGCUCAUCGAGGAGAUUAUGAUCGGCGAGGACAAGCUUAUCAAGUUCUCUGGAGUAGCUGCCGGGGAGGCGUGUACGGUAGUGCUCCGCGGUUCAACCAACCAAAUGGUCGACGAAGCCGACCGAUCACUGCACGACGCGCUCUCCGUUCUGUCCCAGACCGUGAAGGAGACCCGUAUCGUCCUCGGUGGCGGAUGCUCGGAGAUGCUUAUGAGCUGCGCCGUGGACGAGGCCGCGCGGACGGUGAAGGGCAAGAAGGCGCUCGCCGUCGAGGCGUUUGCGCGCGCGCUGAGGCAGAUUCCAAUAAUUCUCGCGGACAACGCAGGAUACGACUCUAGCGAGCUCGUCACGAGGCUGCGCGCAGCGCACUUCGAAGGCAAGAGCGACGCGGGGUUGGACAUGAACAACGGGAGCAUCGCGUCUAUGCGCGAGUUGGGCAUCACGGAGAGCUACAAGCUGAAGAGGCAGGUCGUUCUCAGCGCUAGCGAAGCGGCAGAGAUGAUUAUUCGGGUGGAUGAUAUUUUACGGUCGACGCCAAGGAAGCGGGAAGCGCACUGAUCCGCAUUUGUAUCAGUAACUCAAAACUUUGCAUUAUGGAGCAUUUCCGUUUUUCCAUUGCGUACCCUGGUAUGGAAUGAAAUGAGCAACUACCUCUCCAGGCAACGCUCUCAGCCAG